AUGGGAGACGUUAUCGAAUACAACGAUGUUGUACAAGAAAUUAGAGGUGCUUUGAAUCCCGGGAAAUUAAAGCUACAGUCUGAGAAUGUGGUCUUCAAGAAUCUCAAAACUGGUAAAGUGGAUCAGUACACAAGUGGGGAUAUUGAAGCAGUGAACUGGCUGAAGAGAGCUCGUGGGAACUGUUUGAAAAUUAUGCUACAGAAUGGCAUGAUUCAUCGGUAUGAUGGCAUCAAGGAAUCCGAAUAUGAACGGCUCUCGGCUUUUGUGUCAAAAAACUACAACACAUCACUCGAAAAAGUAGAAUGCUCUGUGAAAGGUUGGAACUGGGGUAUUGCCCGAUUUAAUGGCAACGCUCUGAAUUUUGAGGUGGAUAAAAAUAUGGCCUUUGAGAUUCCACUCACCAAUGUUUCCCACACAACCACAAACAAGAACGAAGUGACCCUAGAAUUCCACCAGAAUGACGAUGCAGCCGUCUCAUUGAUGGAGCUUCGUUUCCACAUUCCAUCAGAACUGGAGAAGGACGUUGUCCAAGACUUUUACAAAAAUGUUAUGUCCAAAGCAGACAUUAUCCAAGCCACUGGUGACGCUAUUGUUACAUUUGACCAAGUCCAAUGUCUCACUCCCAGGGGUCGUUAUGAUAUCAAGAUUUACCCCACCUUUUUACAACUCCAUGGUAAAACCUUUGAUUACAAAAUUCCAUAUGCUACUGUAUUGCGACUUUUCUUGCUGCCCCACAACGAUCGGCGCCAGAUGUUCUUUGUGGUCAGCUUGGACCCUCCAAUUAAGCAGGGUCAGACAAGGUACCAUUUCUUGAUUUUGCUCUUCAACAAGGACGAUGAGAUGACAACUGAACUUGCCAUGACAGAAGAAGAAAUCCAGAAGAAGUAUGAAGGCAAGCUUACUCGUGAGAUGUCAGGUCAAGAAUAUGAGGUUAUCAGCAAAAUAUUCAAGGCAGUUGUCAAUCGUAAAAUCACAGUUCCUGGAGGUUUUCUCAGCCAAAAAGGGGACCAGGCAAUUGGUUGUUCCUACAAAGCAGCUACAGGAUUACUCUAUCCAUUGGAGAGGGGAUUGAUAUUUGUCCACAAACCACCAAUUCAUAUUCGUUUUGAUGAAGUGUCUUCUGUCAAUUUUGCCAGAAGUGCAGGAAGCACAAGAUCUUUUGAUUUUGAUGUGGAAACAAAAUCUGGAAAUGUUUACACAUUUGUUGGUAUUGAGAAAGAUGAAUAUGGUAAACUUUACGACUUCAUUCGAGGCAAGAAACUCAGAGUUAAGAACUUUGGUUCUAAAGUGGAGAAAGGUUCUUAUGGUGAUGACAUGGUGGACAGUGAUGAAGAGGAGAACGCAGGUGAACAUGAUGCUUACCUGGAGAGAAUGAAACAAGAAGGACGAGAAAGAGAUGAAGAUGAGUCUGAAGACGAAUCAGGAAUUUUUAUCAUCUUUGCUGAAAAGAAAAGUUUCUGUCUCUUUUCUUUUUUUUCUCUCUCUCUCUCUCUCUUUCUCUCUCUCUCUCUCUUUCUCUCUCUCUCUCUUUUCUCUCUCUCUCUCUUUUUUAUCUCUCUUUUCUCUUCUUUUCUCUCUCUUUUUCUUCUCUCUUUUCUUUUCUCUCUCUCUCUUUUUCUCUCUCUCUUUCUUUUUUUCUCUCUCUUUUUUUCUCUCUCUCUUUUUUUUCUCUCUCUCUUUUUUUUCUCUCUCUCUUUUUUUUCUCUCUCUCUUUUUUUCUCUCUCUCUUUUUUUCUCUCUCUCUUUUUUUCUCUCUCUUUCUUUCUCUUCUUUUUUUUCUCUCUCUCUUUCUCUUUCUCUUUUUUUUUCUCUCUCUCUCUUUUUUCUCUCUCUCUCUUUUUCUCUUUUCUUUUUUUUCUUUUUUUUCUCUCUCUUUUUUUCUCUCUUUUUUCUUUCUCUCUUUUUUCUCUCUCUCUUUUUUUUUCUCUCUUUUUUCUUUUUUUUUUUCUCUCUCUUUUUUUUUUUCUCUCUCUCUUUUUCUCUCUCUCUCUCUUUUUUCUCUCUUCUCUUUUUCUCUCUCUCUUUUUUUCUCUCUCUCUUUUUUCUCUUCUCUCUCUUUCUCUCUUUUUUUUUUUCUCUCUUUCUUUUUUUUUUUUUUUCUCUUUUUUUUUUUUUCUUUUUUUUCUUUUUCUCUUUUUUUUUUUUUCUUUUUCUCUUUUUCUCUUUCUUUUUUUCUUUUUUUCUCUCUUUUUUUCUUUUUCUCUCUUUUUCUCUUUUUCUUUUCUUCUUUCUCUCUUCUUUUUUUCUUUUCUCUCUUUUUCUCUUCUCUUUUUUUUUUUCUUUUCUCUCUCUCUUUCUUUCUCUCUCUUUCUCUCUUUUUCUCUCUCUCUUUUUUUCUUCUCUCUCUCUUUUUCUCUCUCUUUUUUUCUUCUCUCUCUCUUUUUCUUUUCUUUUUUUUCUCUCUUUUUUUUCUCUUCUUUUUCUCUCUUUUUUUUCUCUUUUUCUUUCUUUUUUCUCUUUCUUUCUUUUUCUCUUUUUUUCUCUCUUUUUCUCUUUCUUUCUUUCUUUUUUCUCUCUUUCUCUUUUUUUCUCUUUCUUUUUUUUCUCUUUUUUCUCUCUCUCUUUUCUCUCUCUUUUUUUCUCUUCUCUCUUUUUUUUCUCUCUCUUUCUUUUCUCUCUUUUUUUUUUCUCUUUUUCUUUCUUUCUCUUUUUUUCUCUUUUUCUUCUUUCUCUCUUUCUCUCUUUUUUUCUCUCUUUUUUUUCUUUCUCUUUUUUCUCUCUCUUUCUCUUUCUCUUUUUUUUCUCUCUUUUUCUCUCUUUCUCUUUCUCUCUUUUCUCUUUCUUCUCUUUUUCUCUCUCUCUUUUUCUCUCUCUCUUUUUUUCUCUCUCUCUCUUUCUUUCUUUUUCUCUUUUCUCUCUUUUUCUCUCUCUCUCUCUCUCUCUCUCUUUCUCUCUUUCUUUCUCUCUUUCUCUCUCUUUUUUCUCUCUCUUUUCUCUUUCUUUUUUCUUCUCUUUUCUUUUUCUUUUUUCUCUCUCUUUUUUCUUUUUCUCUCUUUCUUUUUUUUCUCUCUCUAA